AUGGGAGAUUCACAAGGGAAUGGUAAAAGAAAAGAUUACAAAACUUGGAAUGCUGAAGAGAGCAAUGUUUUGCUUCAACUUAUGGUUGAAGGCGCCAAACUUGGAUUGCGUGAUAUUAAUGGUGUGAUAAGCAAACAAACAGUAGAGGCGAAGCUACUUCCUAAACUGAAGGAAAAACUUGGUUGUGAAAUAAGUUUUAGUCAUUACCAAAGUAGAGUGAAAUGGUUUAAGAAACAAUACACCAAUUACUCUCAACUUAUGCGUCAUAGUUCUGGAUUUGGGUGGGAUCCGAUCACAAAGAGAUUCACUGCUGAUGAUCAAGUAUGGGCAGAUUAUUUGAAGUCACAUCCAACGCAUGGGCACUUUCGGUCAGAAACUUUUCCAGACGAUGAGGACUUGAAAAUUGCAGUUGGAAAUGGAACUGCAACUGGAAUGGGCUCAAUCAGUUUAGGUGAUGAUACAGAUGCCUCUACAUUUGGAGCGGAAGAAAACGGACCUUGGGGAAUUGAUGGAUUAGUUUUUGAUCGAAAUACUAACAUGUUCGUGCAAAGUGAAAAUGAGUCAUCACACCAAGAAAACUCGCCAUCUCUUUCACAACAACCCUUCCAAGGUACCAAUGUAGAUGCUCCACCACAUAGCAGGACUCAAGGAAAACGGAGUAGGACUGACUAUGAAAAUAAUAGCGGCUCAAAUCUCCACUAG